GACUCCAAAAUCUGCGCUGAAGAUGUCCUCAAUGUGACCGACAGUGGCAACACUACUGCCAUCUGCGGGACAAACGCGGUCCCUGAAACUCCGGCCAAGGGUGGGAAAGUGAUGCUUAACUUUGUGUCAGAUGCCGAAGGAUCAGGAACCGGAUUUACAGCUCUGUUUACUUGUAAAUUGAAAUAUCCUAAAGCAUGUGAUCCUAACGUCACUGAACCAGAGGUGAUCAACAUCACGAGUGCGACCAUCAUAACGGAUGUGAGGUCUUUCAACCCGAUCGAGGGCAAGUACAUGAAGAAUGCCAUGUGUCGGUGGAAGGUCUGUUGGGAUCCGAGGAAAUUUAAAGUCGAAUACAAAACCGUUGGCGAUUUCGACAUCAAGACUAACAAUUCCUGCCAGCAAGAUAGGCUUGUAAUCUCCAACGAAACAGACUCAAGCAAUGUGUCCGCCUGCACGACCAGCGCGAUUGAUACAACGCAAGUGCAAGUGGAGGCGAAUUCGACCGAAGCCUGUCUCUCCGUUAACUUUACUGCGAAUGGUGAUGCCGAGGUCGGGGGAGGGUUCCAGGUGUUGAUCACUUCAGCAUAUGACGUGCCUCUGCAUUGCGAUUCUGGGAAAGCCGGCAAACAACCACCAGUAGCAGUCGCCAACACUGAGCCGAUCUACCUUUCGACUUGGGGAUAUGAACAUGGAUUCAACUAUCUUGCGAAUCAAACCUGUAUUUGGCCACAAUUCACUUGGGAUCAGCAACGAUGUACACUAGGUUACGAGACAGUUGGAGUUAUGUCCAUCUAUCAAACGGUGAACGACACGACAUGCGAAACAGAUUAUAUUGAGGUGACCACAGGAGCCGGGAAUACCACAAAGUAUUGUGGUGGCGACGCCAUCCCCCUGACUAAUGUGACAGACAGUAACUCCCUCUCGGUGAAGUUUGUAACGGAUAGCGCGACGAACACGACUGGAAAAGGCUGCAAGAUAAAGGUGCAGUGUCAGAAACGGGAAUUGUCGAAAGGUUGUUUCUAUCCUGAUGAAGACGAAGACGUCGCUGAAUACGAGUUGACGGAGCCAAGCAACGGCAUAUCCCUUACGUCCGUUGACCGCCCCAAGAACCUCAAAUACAUCCCGGGCUACAAAUGCUCCUGGAAGGUCAAGUACGAUAAUGAAAAGCUGGACCUUCUCGUCUCCACCAAGGGAAAAUUCGACCUAAAGACCGGAGCAGAUUGCACCAAGGACACACUGACGAUAAAGGAGGGAGCUAACGGGACGGAUGAAUGUGUCAAGGGGCCUAUUUCUACCAGGAGGCUCGUCAAGGAGAAUGAAACGGAGGUCAAUCACACGUCUAACAAUGAUAAUGAAGUUGGUGAAGGAUUCGAGUUGGUGUUCUUGCCAGUUCCUAAAGGUUGUGGUGGUAAACCCGUGAAAAAGGAGCUUCAAACGGAUGAGAACCUCUCCUUCUAUGGACAGAUAGAGAAUCGUACCGUAAACUAUGCUCCUGAUCUGAACUGUAACUGGGAGUAUGAAUGGGACAAAGAUCUGUUUGAUGUGUCAUACAAGAUUGAGAAUGUGAACAUCAAGGGAACACCAGCCAAGACUUGUGACAAAGGAGAUAAACUCGUCCUAGAUGAUGGGAAAGUCACCAACAACGUCUGUGGCACCGCCAAUGUGACCUUGACACCUGUUCAGACUGGUAAACUAAAGAUACAGUUCACGUCCGAUCCUGAUGCGCAAACUGGCUCAGGAUUCAAUCUGAUCCUGGUUGUCACUUUCAAAGCUUGUGUUGCGGGCGCCAAAACUCCUAUCAAGCUUGACAAACCUGAUAAGCACGAGAUCGACUUCUAUGGCGAGGGCUACCCAGAGUCUCUGAGCUGUGAAUGGAACUACCAGUGGGACACGGCGAUCUAUGAUGUGCAGUUCUGUUUCCCAAAGAUCGAAGUUACAGGGAGUAUGCCAGCUUGUGCCCAAGACAAGAUUGAUACCAUGGACGGCCAGACCAAGAAAGCGUUAUGCGGGGCGGCUGCUGUUAGCUGUAUUACAGCCGACUCCGGGAACCUUACAAUUGGAUUCAUUUCUGAUGCCAUAAAGGCUGCUGACGGCAAAGGAUUUGAGAUGGUCAUUAAGGUCUCGUAUCAAGCCUGCACGAAUGCGAAGAAGGAAAUCGUCACAGAAUUAACGAAGCCUGGCACUCACGUCCUUAAGUUCUACAAUCCUGAGAAAUACCACAAAGAUCUCAAUUGCACUUAUACAUUUAAAUGGAAUUUACAGUCCUUGACGGUCAAGCAAAAGCUUCUAAACAUGGAUAUUGACGCCUCGACAAAGAACUGUAGCAACGCGAGCACUGAUGAUUACCUUGAGAGGUCUGAUGGCAAGAAUGCGAUCAGGGUGUGUGGAAAUGCUACAGACCUACUAAAGAAACCAUUGGAGUUGAAGACAGGAUUCGCUAGCUACAAUUUCAUUUCGAACGCCGACGGCAAUAACGGGAGAGGCUUUAUCGUCGAGUUUGAAAUCACUAAACGGGUUUUGCCAAAAGCGUGCCGGGAUGGUGAUAGUAUGACCAUAAAGCUUCCAGGGAACACCACGUUAGAGUCUCUUGACAGAGAUCAGAACUUGCCUUACCUCAGCGAUCUGAAUUGUUCGACAACGCUAAAACACGAUCCCAAGAGAUUGCGCCUUUCCCUGACAACCGUUGGAGCCGUGGAUAUAAACAGCCCGAAUGCAAAGUGUGAAAAUGACUCCUUGGUCAUCCAAGAUGGCGAGAAAGGAAAUACGACCAAACACUGCCAGAACACGAAGAUAGAGACACCGAUUGAGCUGGAAUCCGGGCAUACUGUGAUCUCUUUCCAUUCCGAUGGAGCGAACGAGGGCAAGGGGUAUAGUGUCGUUGUAGCGGCUGAGCUACCCGAAGAAUGUGAUGGAGGAACAACUAUAGAAAUCACAAAUAUGACGCCACCAACACUUAUCUCUUCGUGGGCACCUGCGGAUGCUGAGAACUACAUUGGCGGUCUACACUGUACCUGGACUGUCACUUGGAAUAAACAGAAAUUUGACAUGAAAGUGAAAUCGUUGGUAAUGGACAUAGAACAAUCGGCAGGGUGUGCCAAUGACUAUCUCGAGACUCAUGCCGGUGGCGCUGCCGCGGUGAAGACGUGCGGAAACUCCGCCAUUGCAGAAACCACCAUAGAUAGCAAAGUUGAUAACUACACUGUAUCGUUUGUCUCUGAUGGAGACCAGAACUCCAAGACAACUGGUAUGGGAUUCAAACUUCAGUUUACACCAACUCUAAGGAAGUUACCUGAAGGAUGUUCGUGGGGUAAAGAGUGCACCAAUCCAAAGAAGAUAACCAUCCCCGAUGUGAACAAGAACUACACCAUUACAUCCCCAGACCGUGCGGAUGGGUUAGACUAUUCACCUGGUCUUUGCUGCCAAUAUGAGUUCAGCUGGGCGAGCGACAAAAUGGAUGUUGUCUAUGGCUUCCUGGGCUUUUUCGAAACUGAAGGCAAUGGCACAGAUUGCGAGAGGGAUUAUGUGGCGGUCACAGAUGGUGCCAGCGAAAAAGUCGAGACGUGUGGGAUGAAGCAAUAUCCAGCAUCACUGACCAAUCGAAGCCAACAACAGGCCAAGUCUAAUAAACUUGUGCUCAAGUUUAAAUCGGACAAUAAUAAUACGAGUGUUUUCAAAGGCUUUGAGGCGAUGGUGAAAUCUGUCGACUUGGAAGGUAUGUAG